AUGUUUGACUGUCAAAACGUCAUAAAAACACGUUAUUAUUUGGUUGUGUUAGGUCUCCUUAUCCAUCAAAAUUGCAGGAUUAAUCUGGUGAAUGUCUACGCUCCAAAUGAUGAAGUGCUUAGAAGACAAUUAUGGUCAAACCUGUUACAGGUCAGGAACUCGAUACAAGGUUUAUGGGUUUUUAUGGGGGAUUUCAAUGAGGUGCGGGAACCUAGCGAGAGACAAAAUUCUGAAUUCAUGGCGUCACAGGCAGAAUGUUUUAAUCAGUUCAUCCUGUCAGCGGCUCUGCAGGAAUACAAGAUGGGGGGAGGGAGGUUCACUUACAUCUCGGAUAACGGCACUAAGCUUAGCAAACUAGAUUGCUUCCUGGUUUGUCUUGGUUAUAUGGAGAUCUGGCCGAACGCUUCCGUCUUAGCUCUCGACCAUCGGCCUAUUAUCUUGAAUACCACGCCAGCGGAUUUUGGCCAUAUCCCAUUCAGGUUUUAUAAUUCUUGGUUUGAGUUUUGUGGAUUUCUAGAGUAUGUUAAACAAUUAUGCAUGUCGUUCACAUUUUCCGGUCCUUCUGACCUGGCCUUAGCAGUUAAGUUGAGGUGGUUAAAAAAUAAAAUUAAGGAGUGGGUGACCUGGUAUAAGAAUAGGUUGGGUGGGGUUUAUUCGGAAAAGAAAAAAAUAGUCGCACAUUUGGAGCAUCUAGCUGAAUCCAGACCUCAUCAGCAAGAAGAACUUUCUUCCGGAACCGAUUGUAUGCAGUUUAUUUUGGAGGCAGAUCGGCUCAAACAGUUGGAUGCUCGCCAGAAAUCAAGGUCAUGGUGGGCUCUUGAAGGUGAUGAAAACUCCUCAUUCUUUCAUAGUAUUGUCGAUUCUAAUUUGUCUAUGUAA